AAGAAAUAAACUCCACCUACUACUACUCUUCCUCUUCUUGUUCCUCUGGUUCUAGGGUUCUUAUUGGGCACAUCCAUCUAUUUAUUUGAACAAAUUUGUGGAUUUAUUUGAGUCUUAAGUAUAUAAUUUUGGACCUAAACAUUGUUUAAUGACAAAUCAUGGGGAGGAUUUCUGGUUUUUACUGAAUUUUAACUUCAGGUACUGGUACAUCAUAAUAUUUAUGUGACCAGCUCAACUGGUGUAGCAUCAACAGCUUAAAGGUACCGAUUGUGUGUCUCCAUGUUGCCAGAGGGUUAGUGGACGGAUGGCUUAUGCAAAUACCGCCACUCGUCUCAAGGGUUCAUUGAUCCAUCAGCUGCUAGUAAUUGCUAUCUGUUUGGCUAGCUAUCAGAAUGCAGUGGCUCUAAAUGUGCCACAUAAGACAACCCUAACUUCUUCCACAUCUGAACUGGCUAGCCCUCCCAAAAGUGGAAUCUUUGAACCAAUUGACAUACCACCUGCUGUCAUCCCUCAUUAUCCUUUCCCGGGGAAAUCAUUGCCGCCAAUGUACCCUUCCUUUCCGAAGACAUAUGACCCUGUCUUGACUGGAAGGUGCCCUGUAAAUUUCUCUGUCAUUUCAAGCAUCACAGAAAAAACAGCAUCUGAUUGUACUCGAUCUUUGUCAACGGUAGUUGGAAAUGUAAUAUGCUGUCCACAGUUCAAUAGCUUACUCCACAUAUUCCAGGGAUUUUACAGCAACCGCUUUGAUACUUUAGUUUUACAAAGUGCGGUAGCUGAUGAUUGUUUUAGAGAUAUCAUCAGUAUAUUAGCUAGUAAAGGAGCAAACAGCUCCAUUUCUGGUCUGUGCUCUGUGAAGUCAUCAAAUCUAACUGGUGGGUCUUGCCCUGUGAAGGACAUUGGUACUUUCGAAAAAAUAGUGAAUACAAGCAAGUUAUUGGAGUCUUGUAGCACAGUUGAUUCUCUUAAAGAAUGUUGUAGGCCUGUUUGCCAGCCUGCAAUUUCGGAGGCUGCUCUUCAGAUUUCAGGGUUAAAGACGACUCUUGGUGGUAAGAGCAUAGUUGGAGUGCCAAGUGAAUUUGAUACACUUAAUGACUGCAAAGGAGUGGUCUAUUCAUGGAUUGCAAGAAAACUACGAUUUGAUGAUGCCAAUUCUGCAUUUCGGUUAUUGUCUUCCUGCAAAGUUAAUAAAGUGUGUCCCCUGGAAUUCAAGCCACCAUUAGAAGUGAUCAAUGCUUGCAGAAAUUUAGCCGCUCCAAGUCCUUCAUGUUGUAGCUCAUUAAAUGCCUAUAUUGCUGGGAUACAGAAGCAGAUGUUGAUUACAAAUCGACAAGCAAUUAUAUGUGCUGCGGCAUUUGGUUUUAUGUUACAGAAGGCCGGGGUCAUGACAAAUGUUUACGAGCUUUGUGAUAUUGACCUGAAAGACUUCAGUCUCCAGGCAUAUGGGCAAGAAGCAGGGUGCUUGCUUCGAAGUUAUCCAGCAGAUAUGGUGUAUGACAACUCAACAGGUUUCAGCUUUACUUGCGACUUAAAUGACAAUAUUGCUGCUCCAUGGCCUUCAUCAUCGACAGCCACAUCCUUGUCUCUUUGUGCUCCUGAGAUGUCUUUGCCGGCACUACCAACAUCAGAGAUAUUGGGAAAUUAUAGCUGUCCCCGUGGUGGAGCGGAUCUCCUUGUGCCCAUUCUUUUGUUUUUUGUCUCUAUAUUGUUUUGAAGAGAUUUGCCAGAAGCUGAUCCAGUUUGAGUUAGAGCCCCUGUAGGUACACUGAGUGACCAUAUUAUGUGUAUAUAUAUUUUUGAAUAUCCUUCCUCGUGUAUAGUUGCUGUCUUUUUGGUAAGUCAAUUCAUGGUUUUGUACUAUUAGGGUAUUCUACAGAUUGCUUGCAAGUUUUUCUGUUAGUACUUCU